GAUCUAUUAAAAUAUAGUACAGAAGAUAUAGAUUUCUGUACUUAUGUCACUGUGACAAUCUGUUACUGUUACCAACACGCCAAACCGAAAAAGCUGGAAGGAAAAAUAUAAAAAUCAGUUUGUUUGGAACCAGUAUAUAGGAAGUGUGCGUGUUUCAACUCUCUACCAAUUCCCAAAUCAAAACACGCCUAAUUUCGGGGGGCCCUGAAUUCGGGACUUUGAUGAAUGGUCACACGAGCCAUGGCUUCGCUGUCUCUGCCCAAAGUGCUGCACCCGAGAAAAACCAGCCUUGAGAUUGAGAGGGAGAACUUCGAAAAAUCACAGAUUUGCAUGCCAUUUUAAUCCCUUCCCAUUAAUAUUCCUUCUAAACCUUCUUAAUAUCAAAAACACCUUGCAUGCAAUUUUGUAAAUAUGGCCAGAGAGUACUCGCCAAGGGACUUGGAGAAAUACGCUCAAGCACUCCAGAAGGCUAUCAACGGUAACGAAACCCCGGUAAAGCAGAAACAUGUCAGAUCCGCGAUCAUUGGCACUUUUCAUACUCAGAGCGCAAAAGUUUUUUGGGCUUACGCUCUUCGGCUACCCUCUAUGGAUGACAGGAUCGUCGCUUGGAAGCUGUGCCAUGUAGUACAUAAGGUACUUCGAGAAGGUCAUCCCUUAUGCCUUGUGGAUAGCCAACGUCACAAGAAAGACUUGGAUGCAUUGGGCAAAUUGUGGGGCCACUUACGUGAAGGCUAUGGCAGAAUGAUCAAGUUGUACACAGCACUGUUGAUCAACAAACUGGAGUUCCAUAGGAGGAAUCCAAGGUUUCCAGGACACCUUGGUGUUACCGCUGAGGAACUAGAGAGCAUUGCUGGGAAUGAUAUAAAUAAUUACUUUGAAAUGACAGUGGAAAUGUUUGACUAUCUGGAUCACAUUUUGGAACUCCAAGAGGCAGUGUUUGGUUCCCUCAACAUGGCGCGUUCCAACUCGAUGACAAGCGCUGGCCAAUGUCGCUUGGCCCCUUUAAUUCCAUGCAUUCAAGAUGCGUCCAAAUUGUACGACUACUGCGUCAAGAUCAUGUUCAAACUUCACAUGGCACUUCCGCCUGAUACACUCCAAGGACACAGGGAACGCUUCCUGAAACAGUUCCGCGCACUGAGGAAGUUCUACGAGAGCACCAGCAACUUACAGUACUUCAAGGAUUUAAUUGCUAUACCUCCAUUACCCGAGGUUAGUGUCAUGGAGGAAGAGUUGGUUACUUGUAUUUCCUUUUUUGAGGCUAAGUCAAGCAGCGAAACCAGUGUUGGUGGUGCCAUCCCUACAGCGCCUCCCGAUCCAUAUAUAUUUAAUAAUUUGUAAAAUCUUGCCAUGUAAUUUGUAGGGCUUGGGACAAUAAGGUGCCUAAUCCACAUUUGAAUAAAAAACACAAUUCGCUAAUAGAUGCCGCUUUAAUCUCUAAAUGACGUUUUUGAAGAACCACAUAUCCUUAUGUUAAGAAGGGAAAGCUGAAAGCCACUUAAAUUUCAAGAUUGGCGCUUAACGGAAAUUAGUCGAUGGUUGUUUCAAUGAUACAGAGGGCAAAUAUGAUAUGUGUGACUCUGAGUAGUAACAAGUUUUUUUUUCAACUUAUUUGGAUCAUUCCGAACAAAAAAGGCUUUCAUUAUCUUUUCUCUAAAGCUGAACAUUUUUGGGUUAGAAGCGAUUUAAUGCCCUAAAAAUGGGUGUAUGCAGUGCUUAAAAACACGGAUAAAAAUUAUAAUUUUUGAGGUCGCCAAGUAUCUAAAUUAAAGUUUUUACCAUGCUUACCCUGAUAGGUAUUUUGAGAUUACUUUAUUUUAAAGCGCUUUUCAACCUUGUCUCUUAGACCAAAAUUGGCUUUUGGUUUUCACAGACAUGCAGAACUGACCCUUGCGACCGCUCCGUUGUCCAUGACUAUCUAGAUUGCGGAACAAUCGACUAACCUUAGGCAGUUCAAAAAUCGGAUCAACAAAGUUUUUUUAAGCUCCACGGUGCCUUGGUAUUUAAUCUUCUGCCUACGCGGCUGCUUCGGUAUAAAAAAUAUGGCUUAAGUAUCUUAUUGCCCCAUAUAAUCUAUACUUUGCCAUAUAAAGUAUCGCUCGUCCUUAUUUCUCUUCUAAUUAUUUAUUUGUGACACUUUUUUUAUGCAACAAUCUUUUAUUUCAAAUUGUUUUGCCGCUUCAGUAUUCUCGUCAAAUUGUUUAACUGAUUAAACCUUUCAUAGGCCGAUUUUUCGCGAAUUUAAAAUAAAAUUAUAUGAUAAAAAAUUGAGAAUUCAGCUUAAACAUACAUAAUUUGAGAGAAUAAGAAUAUGAUGUUUGUGUUGAGUGUAAGAAAAAUAAAGUGUAAUCGAUGGUAUCAGUGAUUCAAUAAAUGCUUUCCGCCA